AUGUUUGCCAAUGACAUAAAGAUAUGGAGUGUAAUUCGGGGUACUGCGAACGAAGACAGACAGGUGAACCUAACUCGGUUGGAGGAGCGGUCAACCCGUUGGCUCCUGCAGUUCAGCGUUGGCAAAUGUAGCAUACUUCGACUAGGCAACACAGCCAGAUCCGCCAGCACCAGAGAUUACUUUCUGGGCGGUUCAGCCCUACAAGAGGUUGAAGCCCAAAAGGACCCCGGCGUGCUGACAGCGAGUUCCCUAAAACCAUCCGUCCAAAGUUCGAGAGUGGCAAAACCCCCAAUGUCCGUACUGUUUGUCAUCAAGCGUGCGUUUAUGGAUUUCGACGAAGAUGCUUUCUCAAAACAUUCGGAACAUUCGUCCGUCCGCAUUUGGAGUACGGCAUACAAAUCUGGACACCGUGGGCGGUUGAGGAUCAAAACUGUGUCGAAAGAGCUCAAAGGAGAGCCGCGAAGAUUGUUAGCGGUCAAAGCUCUUUCCUUAUGCAACCCGCCUAAUAAAUCUGAACCUCUUCCCUUUGAGUUACAGUCGACUUCGCGGGGAUCUCCUGCAAGCCUUCCGCAUUGUAUAGGGGUUGGAUUGCAGUCUGGCCUUCGAGGACUUUUUUGAAUUUGCUAUCACGAACAACCUCCUAGGUCACCCGUUAAAGCUGCGCACUCAACAGGCAAGGCUGGAUGUGCGGAAGUUCUCCUUUUCUGUUCGAGUGGUCAAACCAUGGAAUGCCCUUCUCGCAGGUGUUGUGAUGUCGCCAUCUGUACGUAUACAGCUAUAAAUAUUUGUGUUCCGAAAUGGCCAAGAGGGGGGAGAAGUCGAGCUCACCCCCCGUAACUCGUUCCCAAUUUGGCCCACAAUUAUGUGCUUGUUUGGACUAUUUCUGUCCAGAACAUUUUUUCUAUAUACGACACAUUUUUUACGUUGCAAAUAGAGUACUCAGAAGCUCACGCCAAUAUUCCUCAAUAAACUGAGCUGAACUGAACCUGACGCGCUUGAAGAUAUUAGGUGCAGUAAGAGUCAUGGCUUGGAAGGUUGCCAGCUGACGGGAUGACUUAGACCUUGCAGUCUGUACUGUGUUGUGUGCUUGUGUGGAGCGGCCAACUGGUGUUCUACGAGUCAGGCUGCAAUGAGUCCUUCUUAAUGUGGCAUCUAUGGCACUUGCACCCACAUCAGCUACGCAUUAUAAAUAAUGCACGUCUUGUGAAUUCACUACCUUCUGCUGAUGGGUUCGAGCGAGAAUCGGAAAGGUCACGCCAAAAAACUCUUGUUCCAGUGAUCUUACCCCACUUCUUCUGAGCCGGAAUAGAAUCCAGAUCGUUAAAUUCAUGAAGUUAAAUGGAUUAGGCAAAAAAUCAUCUCCAGGACCUAAAAUAAGUGAUAAACGACAGUCCCAGUGAUAGUCAGCAAAGUAAAUAACGAGAAAUAGACAAAUACGAUCCUUCUCUAACGCACUUGGAUGACUAAUUUGGGUACUCGUGUCCGAUUUCUGACUCGGACUUAUAUAAAUGUCCUGGGUGAAUGAGGUCUAACUCUACUAGCGACGGAGUUUCAUCCAUUACGAUUUUCUAUCCCAAGACACUUUGAAGGACAGAGAAUAAACAAGCCGAUAAAGCCCAGCGGGUAAUAUCCGCGAAUAACCAACCAUAACCACAUAUGGCAGCUGAUUAUUCAUAUUAACUCAGGACAGGCGCUUUUGCGGUUAUGAAGAUGUGAAGACGUUGAUUAUCAGCAAUAUCAGGUAAAGUUCUAAGCUAAGAAAGUGGAAGAAAUAAGAGUGAGAGAAUUACCCUAAACUGCAUUCCGGGCUGUUGUCCCACGCAUAGUUGAAUACUGGCAGUUAUAUCCCCGGAAGUAUGUCUAUUGGACGUUCUACCAUUGGAGGUUUGCGGCGGUGUGUGCAAGGGACCCGCGCUCAAGCCCACGUGCCCUGAGACGCAUGAAAUUCCCGCGGGCGCAACAGCCUGGAUGCUGGUGCGUCCUUAGUGGGAAGAACGGAAUGUCGUGGAUGGAAACGACGUUACAUUGGCACAGUGUAUUCGGGUUCACUGAUGAAGUCACCGAACGUUACAAAAUAUUGCACUUUCGAAUCCAACUAAACACAUUGAGGGAUCAGAUGGAUACCACACCUUCGACCGCCCUUUCCAUUCAACUCUCAUUUGUGCCCCCAUAAUGCCAUAAUCAGCAUUACAGUCAAAGGCCGGCAACCGGUAACUGACUGACUAAUCCAUAUAAGGGUUACCCUGUGCGUAUCUUCGCACACGGCAAUCACUCCACCAAGCCCCGCUCCAAAAACCGGCAAAUCUCAGUCUGUUCAGUUAUUUUCCCCUAUACAAAUUAAUUUAGCAUAGUACAGUUCGACAGCCAGCUGACAUAACAUCACAGACAUUGACAAGAAUUAGAAAUGAUCGCUGGAUCCAGGGCUUUAUUUACCUGACAUUUUGGAUUCUCGAUCGUACCCAUAAUCGGGCACAGUAACAGAAACGGGUGAGGAUAGCACAGGAAGUUGCUGUAUUUAACGGAUGCAGUUACUAUGCUACCUGCUCUCAUCUUCAUCGAGAAUUGUUGUCCGCUGGUGCGCUAAUGGCUUGAUGUACACUAUUCAAGUUGUUAAUUGCUGAAGUCACAUAAUCUGUGUUGGAUGCUGGCAGGAUGAUUACUCAGCCAUCUGGCUAACCAGACUCCCGCUACAUGACGGUUAGCUACUUUGUCUAGACUAUGACUCAACACCGAAUAUGGAGGGAGGAUGCUGUUGCACAUGUUCAUAGACUGGGGUCCAGUGAACCAUGACUGAAAUAACUCCCGCUUCACGUAACUAUCACCUCCCGAGGGAAUUUCGGCCUCGCGGGCCACUUCCUGUGCAUGAGUCACCCGUUUCUGCCACUGUCUCUGAUGAUGGGUUCAAGUGGGAAUCCGAAACGUCAGGCAAAUAAAGCCCUUGUUCCAGCUAUCGAUUCUUCUUAUCAUCUAGUUCCUGGAGCUCGCAUCUUCGCAUGUAUCGGCUAUUUCAGCCUCAUGGAACUUGAUUGUAUGGCCGGGUCUCGUCGAAUAGGCCGCGACCUGAGAGCUGGCGUCAUUUCUCCGCACCACUGUUGCGUGCUCGACGAUUCGCAUCCGCAGCAGUCUUCCAGUUUCUCCGACGUAGUGGCUUUACUCGCAACUGCACCAUAUCCAGUAAACGACUCUAGAUGUUUAUUGCUGGACCUGUACACAAGCCGUAAACAUACUUCCUCGUGUGGAAACUAAGCCCAACAAUAAUGCCCCUCUUUCCGAAGGUAACAACCCAGACGAUGUAGAACAAGAUCAUGGGAAAAUUUCCGCGGGCCAACCGAAUCUGCAAAUCGGAUUUACACAUCCAAUCUACAAAUGCGGUGGCACACAAUCCACGGCGGAGCGUAGCUCACUGAUGAAAGUGAUGUGGCGACAAAAACAGAUCCCUAAAGAAUUGACGUAAACAACGAAUACUCAUCACUUCAACGAACACGAAGGAAGCUGGCAUUUCUGCGAUAACCACUGCGGAAUCUCUCUUUUCUGAAAUGUCAGCAGCGUAUUUAUCCGCGUUCUACUCGAUAGCCCGGCUGUGGCAGUAUGGCUCAAAGGCACUCCACCUUACGGCCUAUUAAAACGUCUGUUUCAGAGUCUCGGAUUUUUGACGGCUGAUUCGGACACUACGGACUAUUAGUCAACACAAUUCUUGGAGAGGCUUAAAGGGGGAAUUCUCUUGCCAAAUGAGGUCAUGGUAUCUUUUGAUAUCACGUCCAUCUUUACUUCUAUCCCCUAGGGUCUGGUAAUCGAGACCGUCGAGCGACCCCUACAAAGCAAAUACAAUGAAAUGGAGAAUCGCCUCGGACAUGCCCAUGUCCUUCAACUUCUAAUGUUCUGUCUCAGCACGUACUUCCCGUUUGACGGAACAACUGACGAGCAGGUUAAGCGAACACCAACGCCGAUCGGGGGCCCUUAUCCGAGGCAAUCGUACAACGGUUAGAGUCGCUGGUCCUGCAAAACCAUAAACCGAAAUCCUGGGGUAAGUAUGUGGACGAUACCUUCGUCGUCAUCGAACAGGAUCGGGUGCUAAUAUUAAAAGAACGGCACAGCAACGUCUUCCCGGACAUACGAUUUACGAGGGAAGAGGAAGAAAACAACCAGCUUACCCCCUUGAUGUCCUCGUCUGUCACAAAAAUAGUGGUGGUAUGAAGUCUAAAGUAUUCAGGAAGUCGACAAAGACGACGUAAAUGUCGAAUUUCUACAGCAACCACCAAAUCAACCACAAGCGCAGUGGCGUGAGGACGCUAUAUCGGCGAGUUGAGACGCUUUGCAGUGAAACGGAAGACAAGGUUGCCGAAUUCAAAUAUCUUCGACGGGUUUGUGGGAAAAAAUGGUUAUCCGCUCAACUUCGUCAAACGGCGCCUGCGCAAACAAGACGAACGACAAAAUCAUACCGACUUCUAUUCUGUCGAGCGAUCCCGUAUAUCAUGAACGCAUCGGAGGACACUAGCCGACUUCUCGCACCACAUGGGGUUGGGGUUACACACAGACGCGGAGGGCACCAUAAGGCGUAAGGUAAUUGGACCAAAAGACCCACUGUCAUGACAAUAAACAUCUGAAGCUUUUUACAGGAUAUGGUGCAGUUGCGGGCAAAGCAACUACAUCGGAGAAACUGGAAGACUUGUCCGGACGCGAAUAGCCGAGCACUCAACAGUGGUGCGGAGAAAUGACGCCAUUUCUCAGGUCGCGGUCCAUUAUACGAGACGCGGCCACACAUUCAGGUUCCAUGAGGCCGAAAUUGCCGAUACAUGCGAAAGUGCGAGCUCCAGGAACUAGAUGAUAAGAAGAAUUGAUAGCUGGAACAAGGGCUUUAUUUGCACGACGUUUCGGAUUCCCACUUCAACCCAUCAUCAGAGACAGUGGCAGAAACAGGUGACUCAUGCACAGGAAGUGGCCCGCGAGACUGAAAUUCUCGCGGGAGGUGAUAGUCACGUGAAGCGGGAGUUAUUUCAGUCAUGGUUCACUGGACACCAGUCUAUCAACAUGCGCAACAGCAUCCCCCCUCCAUAUUCGGUGUUGAGGCAUAGUCUGGACAAAAUAAUUAACCACUUAGGGAGCGAGUAGACCAGUGAGCCAGAUGGCCGAGUAAUUAUAUCGCCAGCAUACAACACAGAGAGAUUGGUUAAAUAGCAUAGGUAUGAGGUAGCAUAGCGUCCGAAACCUAUAAAUACUGCAACUUCCUGUGUGCCAAUCACCCGUUUCUGUUAAUGACUUUGAUGAUGAGUACGUGUGAGAAUUCGAAACGUCAGGCGAAUUAAACUCUUUUUUAAGCAAUCGCUUUUAUUUCUUACGAACCAGUUUCUAAAACACGCAUCUCCUCUUGUAUCAAGGCAAUUUUUAGGAGUGCACUGUGCUAUAUAAGACAAAAUGCAUUAACAUGCUCACAAUCCCUCCGUCUGUAAGCAUACCUAGCCCUGGUUAGUGCAACGGCCGUGGACUCCCCCUCUUCAUCUCCCUGGAUGCCAUCACUGCAAACAAUCCUCUCCUCGAAAGCACUCAUUUCCCUCUUCCAAGCUCUAAAAGGCUUGGAUACUCGCGUGUCCGCGUCACGGGCACUUGUUUCACCUCCUCGACUUCAAGACAGGCUUGGGCGAUGUAGCACUGACAUGGACGAAUACAAUGCAGAAUAUAACAGAAACUGCAGUCUCGUCAGCUCAACGUACUGGCAUUAGACUUCUAGACAGGCCGUAAACACACUUCCGCGUGUGGAAACUACUCUUAACACCAGCAUCUCUCUUUCGCAGGUAACAACCCAGACGAUGUAUAACAAAACCAUGGGAAAAUGUCCGCGAGCUGACCCAAUCUACAAAUCAGAUUUACACAUCAAAUCCACAAAUGCGGUGAAACACAAUCCAUGGAGGAGUGUAGCCCACUGAUUCAAGGGAUAUGGCGACAAAGGCAGAGCCCUCAAGAAUUGACCUAAUCAACAGAUGCUCAUCACUUCCACGAACGCGAAGGAUGCUGCCAUGCCUGCGAUAACCACUGCGGAAUCUCUAUUUUCUGAAAUGUCGGCAGUAUAUUUAGCCGCUGCUACUUGAUAGUACGGUCGUCUCAUACAACAACGUCAGCACUGCCCUCGAGUUAUGCCCAGCAGCAGCAGCAGCAGCAGCAGCAGCAGCAGCAGCAGCAGCAGCAGCAGCAGCAGCAGCAGCAGCAGCAGCAGCAGCAGCAGCAGCAGCAGCAGCAGCAGCAGCAGCAGCAGCAGCAGCAGCAGCAGCAGCAGCAGCAGCAGCAGCAGCAGCAGCAGCAGUGA